AUGUACAACGCAAUCAGAGGCAGAUUCGGCCAUUCGGCCGACACAUACAUCAUCCUCGGCAAGAAGCCCAUCGCCGACGGACAUGACAGGGAGGAAAAGACAAAAAAAAACGCGAAGGUGCUAGAUGAAAGUGAUUCCGAAUCAUACGAGACCAAUGUCAUGUAUUACGAGCAAAAGGCAAAGCUCAAGGGGAGGCUGGCAGACGCGCUUGACUCAUUGCCGGAGUACUCCAAAACGACGGUGGCGCACGAACAGACCAUCAAUACGGAGGAGAGCAGGCAGGUGAUACACGGGCUCUGGAAUUCACAAAUCAGUGAUAAGUUCUGGAGCACGAUCGGCAGGGAGGAGGAGACCGAUUUCGCCUUCCGCGACCUCAACCCGAGUACCAUCGACCACUUUGUCGUCGGCACAUGCAAGGUGAUACCGGAAAUCAAAGCAGCGCACUUCAAGGAACUCAUAGACAAGGUUGUUUUCAAGGGAGAAGCAGGCGACAGUACCCAAAGCGAGUCAGAUCUCGUGAACACGAACCGGCUGGUGCCUAACGAAAACGCCCAUAUGGUAAUCGUAUUCGGAGGCGCGUGUCCGUCGGAGAAGCAACUUAGAGCCUGCAAAGGCAACCUCAGCCUACUCAGCAUUCUCGAUGCUGCGGAGGACCUGAAGGUCAACAACGAACUCUUCACCGUGUCGGUCAGGGGCGCGGAUCCGCACUGGAAGCCGCUGGCGUCGAAGGGGUGCCCCUCAGCAAGAGCUUUCCAUGCCUCCACAAUCAUGUACACAGACUUCGCAACGCCCAUUCUGUGUGUCGCCGGAGGGUUCGGACACAACAGGAAAAUCAUGGACAUGACGCUCCACAUGAUGCCGCUUGUGCAGAAAACCGAUCAUCCGGUGUGGAUCGCGAUCACUGCCGCUGGCAAGAUGCCAACGCCGCGAUACGGACACACCAUGGGGCAGGUCCAUGAAUACAUUACCAUAUUCGGAGGCACAAACGGAUACGAAAUUCUAAACGACCUCUGGGUACUCAACUUGCACCAAGGAACAGUGGAUGAGAGCAACAGGAAUAUCUCAAACGAAUGGAUCAGAGUGGAAAUCAGCGGACCGGUACCGGCGCCACGUUGCUUCCAUGCCUCCGUCAAAAUCGGAAUACAGACAUCGAACCCGAUUAUCAUAUACGGAGGAGUUACAGCUGACGAUUCGGCGCGAGCGUACGCCCUGAAAAAUGAUCAAUUCGGGAACCUGAGAUGGAGCAUACUGCCUGUCAUGGUGACAGCGCCUCAAGAAAAGAGAGCAUUCCACUCGAUGGCGUACCACAAUGGCCAAGUAUUGGUGACGGGUGGAGAGGACUUUACCAUGAAAACGCCGUCGGUGCACCAAUGCCUCGUCUACCACAUCAACGCGAGGGAGUUCCAGUACACCAAGGAGGCAUUGCCGCUGACGGGGCACCGAAGCGUGCUACUCGAUGGCAUGAUGUACCACUUUGGAGGAAUCAGAAACAACACCUCAAGGGUAUCCAUUGAGCCAAUAACUGCGCCCAAAAUCAACGCAACACGACGUGCUCAAAACGCAUCCGCAGGUAGCAAAACCGGGGGUGAGACCAGGAGGAAGUCGGCGCAAAACGCCAAAGAAGCUGCAGGCGGAUCGAAGCGAGAGGAAAAGGCCAACAAGUCGGCAUCUCAGCAGAAACCCGGCGCAACUGCAAAAGCAAAAACGUCCCCUCGAACUAGAACCCAAGAUAUCCGUAAGAAAGUGGAAGUGGAGCCAGAAUAUCAUACUCCGCGAGAGACUAACAGCGAUUGCGAUAUGGGAGUAAGUACUAAACCGAGGAGGGACGCCGCAAGGAGAUGUAUUCAAAAUGUUGAAGAGGAAAUUGUCAGAAGAAAGGCUCAGAAGGCAGCAGAGGAGGCUGCCAGGAUACAAAGCAAGGCUGCAGCGGAUGAGGCGGCAAGGAAGCAAGCUAAAGCGGCAGCCGAAGAAGCAAAGAAGAACGCUCAGAAACUAGCAGAAGAGACUGCCAGAAGGAACGUUCAAUCGGUAGCGGAAGAAGCGGCCAAGAUGCAAUCUCAAGCUAUGGCAGCGGAAACGGUAGUGAGGCACACUCAAGUGAUGGCGGAAUCGGCGAUGAUACAGACUCAAGUAGAAGCAGCUGAAUCAGCAACAAACCAUGCUCAGGCGGCAGGCGAAUACGAAAGGGUGAAUGCUCAUGCUGCUACGGUGAACUUGCAAAACAGCGCGGAUGAAACGGUAAAAGCUAACACUCCGAAUGCCGAAGAUGCGACUAACAAAGGUAGCACUCCGACUGUCGCAGUGGAUGUACCAAUGGGAGAUAUAAUAACAGAUGCAGGUGAAGGAGAUGUCAUAACAGAAGCCAAGGAGGCCCCCAAGGGAGACACCACAACGAUGGAUGAUCCUGCGAAUGUCAUUCCGCAAACAUCAGCAGUAAAUGUAGCAACAUGA